AGAGAUCCAACCGUGAACGUCGCUUUACCCAACGUACAAGCGCCGAACCCCGCCGCAUGAUCUACCUUGGAGACUGUCAGCGCCUGAACAAUGCUCGUGCGCGCAGCAGGUGCCGGCACCGGCACCGGCACCGGCGCCCCCCCCCCCCCCCCCCCCCCCCCCCCCCCCCCCCCCCCCCCGCGGCCAGAGCGGUGGAAGCGUGCCUCUGAGGCGUACGAUCAUGAAGAUGUAGGAAGAAAGCGUGGGGAACUAAAACGAGCCACAAUGGCGGCGAAAGCGGGCUUCCUUGAGGCUAUUCGACCGCCGGCAGGGGCAAGAAAUGCACCGAAUUCAAUAUCGAGGUUGCAAAUUGCGCGACCAUCCCGACGUAGCGCCCUAUGCCGAACGGGCUCUCUCACUGGGACGCGCGAGAGGUCCACAAUCUUUUGUUCUCGCACACUCUUCCAACAAUUUCGAAGUGAGUCUGCACGCCAGCGAAAGCUAUGCUGUGCGAGAUCGAACAAGUUCGCGAGGGCGAGCGAUCUUCUUUGCCAGUGAUUCAUGGCUUCAAGACUAGACACUACGAGUGGACGUGCUGAUGAAUGACUGCAUAGACGGAAGUACCUUUUUCAAGCAUCAACCCACUUCCGAGUGGGACUGCGUGAUAGCUGAACAAUGUCGAAUACGAACCCUCUCUGGUCGAGUGCUGUAAAGGCUAUGAAUGGGACAUGCUUUACGAGCGACUAGACCGGCGCACCGUCACCAAAUUUCCAGCAAAAAAAACCUACGGCAUCUAGGAUUUUUGCGUGGUCCCCCACCGCAAUACUGACUAGACCAUACAGGGUUAGGCUCGCUUCGCUUGCGGCCUGGCCAGGCGCAC